UUUUCAGUCGACACAAAGAAAAACUGCCCUUCUUAGCUCAACAGCUACUGGUUUCGGGUUUAAUCUAAAGCAGAGAGCGAGAGACAUACACAGCACCUCCAUAGAUAUACAUACAAAUAUAUUUAAAAAGGUGUUUGGUGGAAGUCCGGGAAUAAUGUCUGCUUUCGCGUACUCUGAUUAUUUAGCCGCGGAGUGCCUGGUCUCUAUAUCCAGCGGCGCUGUGGUGCAUACCCCCUCUCCCGGUACCAGCCACCGCCAACAGACAGAGCUCGAAAGUUCAAGCGAGGACAAAGAAGUUAGAGACACGCUGAAAGAAGGAGCCAGCAUGCUCGCCGUGGCCGGGAUCUUAACCGACCUCCACAGCAAGUUCCGACCCAUGUCUGCCUUCUCGGAGAGCAGUAACUCGUCGCUGGGGGACCCGGACGCUUUUUCCUGUGGGGAGAGCGGAUACACCACGCUGUCUGAUUCCACUACCCCGACCCCCACCCCGACCCCUGGCCAAAGGGGAGAGGGGCGAUCAGAUACGAAAUCGCCAAUGAAACGACACCAGUGCACCUUUGACGGAUGUGACAAGAUCUACGGCAAAUCGUCUCACCUGAAAGCGCACAUCAGGACACACACAGGAGAGCGCCCUUUCCCAUGCACCUGGCCGGCCUGUGCCAAGAAGUUUGCCCGUUCGGACGAGCUUGCCCGACACACGCGCACCCACACCGGGGAGAAGAAGUUCCCGUGCCCGCUGUGCGAGAAACGCUUCAUGCGGAGCGACCACCUGAUCAAGCACGCCCGCCGCCACCCCCACUUCCACCCCAGCAUGAUCCCCCGGGCCGGCAGCCGCAGCAUGUCCCCCACGGGCUCCCUGCCCAGCCCCACCGCCUUCCUGUAGGCAGGACCCAGCCCCCCACAAAGCAAACUAGAGCCCUUCAAGAACAUCACCCAUGGUCCACCUGGAAAACAAAUUUUAAAAGAAGCAGCAGCGUGUUUGAAAUGCAUUUCCUCCCUUUUGAGCAAUACUGCGUGUGUGGGGCGGGGUGUCUGGUGAAACCCCUGUAAAGUUUAUUAGCAAAACCCCUUUCUUAUCCUCGGUAUGUGGAUGUACUAGAGAACUGGAUGUGAAUCUAGGUGGUGUUCAUCUAGCUCAAGCUCUGGUAGCAGGCGCUCCCUCCUGCGCCUCCUCUUAGAUUGGCAGGGUUUGGUUGACUAGAGCUUGCUGGUUUGUGUUGUCCAAUCCGAUUCAAACAGAGAGCUGCAAUCUUUGUACUUGAUCUAAAACCGCUUGUAAAUAUGAAUGCAGGGCUCUCUCGCACCCUGGGGCCUCUGUGGGACUCCACAGUAUAGAAAUCUGGUGUGCACGCAAAGGAAGUCCAUUCUGAUUGCAUCCUGAAUAACUGACACACAUUCACCCUCGGCCUCUCCGCUCCCAAUUUGGUUGAAAUGUUUUUCUGCAUGCGAGAAAGUAGUUUUAAAAUUGGAAAAAAGGAAGCAGCGGUGUCUUUCAACCUCAGGCACUGUGCUGGCUUUUGUUAAAUUUGUAGUUGAAUUAUUGGCAGUGGCUUAUCCCCACUCUCUCGUGGGAUAAACGUCUCUGAGACUGGUAGAGUUCCAGCCCUCUGGUCAAGCUAUUGGGUCUUUCCAGAUCAGAGGGUUGUGGGGGUGGGGGUGGCCCUGCAUUCUUUUCAACAGAAACUGAGCCUUGAGUGAGGCUGUGCAGUAAGCCUGAGUGAGGGGCUGGUCCAUUUCGAACCAAACAGCCUUUUAGAAGCAAAUAAACUAAACUAAUAAUUCCAGCUUUCCUGAGGCCCUUUCAAAAAAAGAAGAGAGAAUGAACGGCUAUUCAAAUAGAAAUAAGUGAACCUGUUCAUCCAGCCACCUUUUUGACAAGAUU